CAUGACAUGCAUUUAUGCGGGACAGAACAGAUUGAAAAGGAGGGAGAGAUGAUUUGAACGAUCAGCUUUCAAUGACGAUGAUGAUGACCAGCUCACGCUUUAUGCAGUGUCGAUGAGGAGGGCGGGUUCUAUCUAUUCAUCUGCGGACUCUUUGGGGAACAUAAAAACGGGGAAUCGAUCUGCGCAAUUUUGUUCUUUUUGUUGCUUGCUUUUCCCGCCUUUGCUUUUCUUCUUCUUCACUUUUUCCUCUUGUUACUUUGAAGAUGUUGCUCGGACUGGAACAGCGAGAGCGAGAACAAGAAAACAAAAGCUUGAACUGGACAUGUUCGUUCAUACCCGGAUGUCGAGAGGAUUGGCGGGCAUGGAUGCGAUGUGCCUUGGCUGGAAGCCCAGGCACGGGGGGAACAACGCAGAGCAGAGGAAAAGCAAAAGAUCAGACAAUGAUUGGCAUGGGGCGGAAUGUAGCCGCUUUGAAGCGAGUCUAUUUGAUAGAGGGCGAGGCAAAAUAAAAAAGGGUUUCUAUUUAUUUUGACGAUGACGAUGAUGUGACUGUUUGUGUGAAAUUGUGUUGCCUGUGACUGUGACUGUGACAAGGCAGCGGGAUUUGGAAAUGUUUGUGCCUGGAAGGCGCCCUUUGAGAUGCAUGAGUGCUGCCUGCCGUGCCCAGGCCGGAUAUAUUAUAUCGCGCACCCUGUCCGCUGAGUUGUGAGUCUUGUUUUUUUUUUUUUUUUCAUU